AUGGGGAGGGGAAGAGUGACGUUGAAGCGGAUCGAAAACAAAAUCAAUCGGCAGGUCACCUUCUCCAAAAGAAGGUCUGGAUUGUUGAAGAAAGCUCAUGAGAUCUCAGUGCUUUGUGAAGCGGAUGUCGCUCUCAUCGUCUUCUCCACUAAAGGAAAGCUCUGCGAGUAUGCUUCCGAUGCUUCAAUGGAAAGCAUCCUUGAGAGGUAUGAUCGACUCUCAUAUGCAGAAAGGCAACUUAAUGCAGGGACCGAUCAUCAAACACGAGAAAACUGGAGUUUGGAGCAUUCAAAACAGAAGGCUAGAAUUGAGGUCUUGGAGAAAAACAAAAGGCACUUAAUGGGAGAAGACCUUGAUUCCUUGAGUCUCAAGGAACUUCAGAAUUGUGAACAGCAACUCGAUACAGCUCUUAGACGCCUUAGGUUAAGAAAGAAUCAGUUGAUGCUUGAAACCAUUUCUUACCUCCAAAAGAAGGACAAGGCAUUGCAGGAUCAAAAUAACGUGCUCUCAAAGGAGGUGAAAGAAAAGGAGAAAGAGCUACUACCCGAACCACAACCACAAGCGCAAACUCAUGACAACAUAGGCACCUUAAACCACGGUGAGAUGUAUCAGGCACAGGCAGGAGGAGGAGGAGGAGGAGGUAAUGUAGACAUGGAAGAAACAAGGAGACAAGAUCAAGCGUUACCAGUCAUGCCUCAUUGGAUGCUUCAAUACAUAAAGCAGUUUCAUACUUCCAUGAAUGAAAGCUCAAAAACUGUAAAUAAUUUGUGA